UAUCACUAAUUAUCGCUUUGUGGUGCUGAGAAACAAGAUGGCGGUGAAACUAACCAUUCAGGAAGUGAACAAAUUAUCUCAAGAGGAUUUUAUUAGAAGAUUCGGGAAUAUCGUAGAAAUGACACCUCUCUGUGCUGCUGCGAUUUCCGAUAAGCGCCCAUUUUCUAGUGUAGACGAUCUCUAUCGCCAAAUGUGCUCGUUUAUCGAUGGUCUCUCCCAGGACGGGCGGAGAGGAAUUCUUAGAUGCCACCCAGAUUUAGAAGGCAAAAUGGCACAAAUGAAAGAUCUCACGCCGGAAUCGAAGGCAGAACAAUCUCAAGCAGGACUUGAUAAGCUAUCUUCUGAGGAGUCGAUUUUACUUAGCUCCUCCAAUUCAAAAUAUCGUGCAAAAUUUGAUUUCCCGUUUGUUAUCUGCGCACGGAAAAACAAAAAGGAAGGGAUUCUAGAAGGCAUCCAGAGACGAUUAUUAAACGAUGGGGAUACUGAACUAAUAAAUGGAAUUGCAGAGGUGAAAAAAAUUAUGCUGCUUAGACUCAAUGACCUCCUGGAGAGUGGAGAAUCCAAACUCUAAAUAAUUAAGGUUACGGGGUGCUUUCAGCCCGUGGGACGCCGAAAAACCCAAAGUGUUAAUUGUUAGCUGCUCUGCUUUUAGCUGUUUCUACUGGUCUGCACUCAUUGGGUGUUUUCGACAUCUAUAGAAUAGUUUUACAUGUUAAAUCCUUCUUAUUUUAUAAGGCCUGGCUAAACUCGGAGACAUGUAGUUUGCAACAUGUAGCGUGCUACAUGUGUCCUAGUUUAGCCACCUCGAAAAACAUUGUAGCUUGUGCGAUAUCUUGAGCAAAAUUUGUUGUGCUACAGGUUCUUUGUAGUAGCUAAACUAGGAAACAUGAAUUAAGGUUGCAUGCUACAUGAUGCACCCAAUAUAUCACAAUUAUCAGGACUCAAAAAUGUUAUUGUUAAGACAAUGAAAUUUUAUUUUACUUCCCAUUUUUUAUAACAAACUAAUAGCAAGUGCUUUUUGAAGUAGUGUAUCAAGUGCUGAACUAAAUUUAGCAUGAAAGUCACAAACAAGGUACUGGAAUAUAGAAAUUUCAUAUUUACACA